AUGGCUCUUUCUGAUAGAAGAAUUAAACGAGUUACUGACCCGCUCGACGACCGAGUCAAGGCUCGUCUCGUCGGCGUCAGUUACGACAGUAGCGGAAGCGAACAUUCUGCCGCCGUUGUCGUUGAAGAUGAUGAUUCGCCUUGCCUCUCGGAGCUUGUUCACAGUUUUCUGGAAGACGACCACGAUGCAGCUGAACAAACGGGUUACAACUCUGACUCAGAUCGAGUCGACUCAAACCUUGACUUUACCGAUUCGCUCGAGAUCAUCAUCAAGUCAACCUCUCUUAACAACACGGAUGCUUACAGGAAUCUGCUUAUGGCUCACGUUCUGAGAGCAAUGGAGAUGCUUUCUUUUUUCAAAACAGAUAAAGCAAUUUUCAGGCGUAAAGUAAUGGCUUAUCUUCGCGACGUAGGCCACAAUGCGGCGAUAUGCAAGACCAAAUGGAGCUCCUCUGGAGGCCUAACUGCCGGAAACUACGAGUUCAUAGACGUAGUGCAAUCCGCAGCACGCACGGGCCAAAACCGGUACCUCAUUGAUCUCGAUUUCGCUUCCGAGUUCGAGAUCGCCAGGCCGACGACCGAGUACUCGAGGCUGUUACAACAUUUGCCUAGGGUUUUCGUGGGAAGAAACGAGGAAUUGAAAAUGAUCGUCAAGGUCAUGAGCGAUUCGGUAAAAAGAUCGUUGAAGAGCAAAGAACUAACCCUCCCUCCAUGGAGGAAAAACCGUUACAUGCAAAACAAAUGGUUCGGUUCGUACCGUCGAACGACGAACCAAAUCCCGGCGAGCUCCAGCCCAUUGACCCCCUCGUCGGUCCAUCCCGUCAACAUCGUGCAAUGCUGUCACGUUGGGUUCGACGAAACAGUGAACGGUCGUUUGUUUGUCCGUACGAGAUAA